CAAGAUGUAUAGUGCAGUGCCGGAGGCGACCGUGGAGGAACUCUACAACUGCUAUGGCGGUGUAGCCUGGUACGUGCUUCAACGUCCGUUCGAGAACCCCAGCUGGGGGUUGCCUAGGCUGCUGCAGCCACUGACCAGAAUCCUGGCUACUUGCAACGUUCAACAGGUUCGGGCGGCCAUGGAUGCCAUCGACAUGGGACCUGAGGCGAGCCAUCGCCUGGUCCAUAUUGUGCCUUACGACAACUUCAAGGAGAAGCGGCUAACGUUUGCUUCUGAUUGGGUGGCUGAGGAGUUCACCAAACGGGCUUGGAUAGAUGAGCAGGAUCAAGUGAAGUCUCUGAUGGAAUACAGCGCCGAAGCAGUAAAGGGGAUACUUUUUGAGAAGGUUAUGCAUGGUGUACUGGCGAUGGGCGGCAAGUUUGAUGUGGUGCCAUUGCACCCGGAGACUCUGGAGCGAGGCGAGGAGGAGGAGCUGGACAUCCAGGCCUGUACAGAGUCUCUUCGCUUCACAGAUGACGAGGCCAGUGAUAUGAUGAGCAGUAUUAAGAACAUGUACUUGAGGCCCGUGUCCGGCAAUUUCCCCGUCAUUGAUGCCCUUAAGGUGCCGGAGAUGCACCUUUUCCAGAUGACUAUUUCGCGUAGCAAGGUACUCAAUGCUGAUGAACUUGAAAACGUGCUCAAGCGACUGGGCAUCCCUGCACCGGGCCAGGAGGGCUGCCAGCCCAGCCUCUACUUUGUGGUGCAUCCUGGCGUGUACAACAAGUUUAAGCCAACGGGCAAGGCGGCCGCCGGAGAGCCGGAAGUAAAACUGUCGGCGGCGGAGGCGGCACCAAGGUCGCCAUUGCUGGAUGGCUUUGUACGAGUAGAGCUGGACGAGCAACUGGCUGCUGCCGCCGCCGCCGCCACUUACUCUCUGAUGUCGGGUGGCAAGGCGGCGGGCAGGAGGGGGGGUGCCGGAUCGCCGGCGGCGGCGGUGGUGGUGCUGGUGCCGGCAGUGGGGUUGAGCUUUACGGGCGGGGCGGCCAUAAUCCCCGAACCGCUCCCUCCAGCCCCGGGGCGCCCUUGGUUCGGGCACGCGGGCAGCAAGCUCAUCACCGAGGCAUGGCUGCGGAGCCUACCCCGGCGGUUGGUACCGCUGCACCACUUGCUUGCUUGCGGCGGCGGGUAUCGGAACAGUGGCCCAUGGGAGUGUUCGGAGGAACUGGCACAGCUGACUGUGGCAUUACACGGCAGCGCGGUUACAGACAGCUCAUCCGUCACCUACGAGUCGGGGUGGCGACACUUUGUACACUUCUGCACAGAGGUCGCAGGGGUGCCGGAGGCGGGCGCCCUGCCCCGCCAGCGUGGGUCUGACCUCAAUCGGGACCUGGUCUGUCUGUUCAUAGCGCAUGCAGUUGGCCGGUACACGGCCUCCACCGUCAUCGGCACGCUGAGCACCCUGGCGGACUGGCAGUGGUUCAUGGGAGUCUCGCCAGAGGCAUAUAUCAGCCGCGACCCGCUGGUCAAGCGAACCCUGGGCCAAGCGUUGCUGCGAGGCUGGAGUCGGCAUCGACCAAGACGAAGGCACCCCUGCCCCUGGGGGUGCUGA